AUGUCCUCGUUACCCAGUUUGACAAAUCUGAGGUUUGAGUUCUACGGAGCUUCUCUACCCUAUUUCACCCGCGAUGUCGUUUCUUCCUUCUUCAUGAAAUUGAGGCACGCAGCAAAUCAGCAGCAACCUACAAUUGCAAUGGGAUCGUACAAUGGUGUUGCAUAUGUGGAUAUCAAUGAAGCACCUUCUUCACCUAGAUUAGACAACUUGAAGAAAGUUUCAGUUUUGCCCCUUAUUUUCCUCAUCUUCUAUGAGGUUUCUGGUGGACCGUUUGGGGUGGAGGAUAGUGUUCAUGCAGCUGGUCCGCUUCUUGCCCUUCUCGGCUUCUUGGUAUUCCCGUUAAUAUGGAGUGUUCCUGAGGCGUUGAUUACGGCUGAGAUGGGUACCAUGUUUCCAGAAAAUGGAGGUUAUGUUGUUUGGGUGUCUUCUGCGUUGGGUCCUUACUGGGGUUUCCAGCAAGGAUGGAUGAAGUGGCUGAGCGGGGUGAUUGAUAAUGCUCUGUACCCGGUUCUUUUUCUUGACUAUUUGAAGUCGGGAAUCCCAGCUUUGGCUGGCGGUUUACCAAGAACUAUAUCAGCUUUGGCUUUGACGUUCAUCCUCACUUACAUGAAUUAUAGGGGUUUAACUAUUGUGGGAUGGGUUGCAGUUCUUUUGGGGAUCUUUUCAAUCCUUCCUUUUGUUGUUAUGGGUUUAGUGGCAAUUCCAAAGUUGGAGCCUGCAAGAUGGUUUGUGAUGAAUUUGCAUGAUGUGGACUGGAAUUUGUAUCUGAACACUCUGUUUUGGAAUUUAAACUAUUGGGACUCAAUAAGUACUCUUGCUGGAGAGGUGCAUAACCCAAAGAAAACGCUACCUAAAGCUCUCUUUUAUGCUUUGAUCUUGGUUGUUCUUGGUUAUUUCUUACCCCUUUUGUUUGGCACUGGUGCUAUCCCACUCAACCGUGAUUCUUGGACUGAUGGGUAUUUCUCAGAUAUUGCUAAAAUGCUUGGGGGAGUUUGGCUGAGAUGGUGGAUCCAAGGGGCUGCAGCAAUGUCAAACAUGGGAAUGUUUGUGGCUGAAAUGAGCAGCGACUCUUUCCAGCUUUUGGGGAUGGCAGAGCGAGGAAUGCUGCCAGAGUUCUUUGCUAAGAGGUCUCGGCAUGGAACGCCAUUGAUUGGGAUUUUAUUUUCUGCAUCUGGUGUGAUUUUGUUGUCGUGGCUAAGCUUUCAGGAGAUUGUAGCUGCAGAGAAUUUUUUGUAUUGCUUUGGAAUGAUAUUGGAAUUUAUAGCAUUUGUAUGGUUAAGGAUAAAAUGCCCUGCUGCUUCACGGCCUUACAAGAUACCUGUGGGAACAAUUGGAGCCAUUCUUAUGUGUAUUCCUCCAACCAUAUUGAUUUGUGUUGUGUUAGCUCUUUCAACGGUCAAAGUAAUGAUCGUGAGUCUGAUUGCUGUGGCAAUUGGCCUUGUGAUGCAGCCCUGUCUCAAGUACGCUGAGAAAAAGAGGUGGAUGAAGUUCUCUGUCAGUGGCGACCUCCCAGACCUGCAUGAAGGUAAUCAGGAGAGUUUUGAUUUCUCAGAAGAUUAG